AGUGUCAAAUACAUGUCAGGUAUCAUAAGGUAUCAAAGACAGAAGUGUUUUUCUUUUAAAAAAGUUAAAUUGUUUUGUAAUUGUUCAAUAUGUUGAAGUAAAUAGAGAGUUUAAUAUUAAUAUCGAUAUGAUAUAUGUGCCUCUAACUCAUAUUUAUACCGCGUCAUGAGUUCGAGAAUAAGGGAAAAUGUAAAACACUUCUUUGAAUGUUUCUGUGAAGUAGUUCCUCCCAGUGAAGAUAAAGAUGCCUGGAUAAUUCAGCAAUAUCCUGAUAAGUAUAAAGAUCAAGAUUCGCUUAGAUCCGUACCUAAAUUUGCAUAUCCUUAUAAAUUUGAAAAUACAGUUAUCCAGCAUUAUUCUUUUGUAUUAACAGAUCUAGAGGGAAAGUGGACAUUUGGCUUCUGCAGGCAUGAUCCAAAAUCAGAAACAGCUAUUGUAAUCUUGAGUUACUUACCAUGGCAUCAAGCAUUUUACAAGUUUUUAGAUACAAUAGCAGUCUUAAUGCACAGUUCCCGCACUGAAGAUUUAAGUGAAUUUUUGUCAGCUGUAUACAGUACAAAAAUUGUUGAACCUGGAAAAAAGAUAUCUAUAUUAUUUAACAGGGGCCAAAGUAGUUUUAUUGUAGACGUUCCUAAACCAUUUCAAUUACCUAGUAUACCAGAAAAUCGCAACCUUACAGAGUAUUACAAUGCUGUUGAUAUAAAUAAUAUGAUGAUAAUAUUUGCAUCUAUGCUUUACGAAAGGAGAAUAAUUUUUACAUCAAAACAACUAAAGCGGUUAAGUGCAUGUGUCCAGUCAGCCAAUGAUAUUAUUUAUCCCAUGAUAUGGCAACAUAUAUUUAUCCCAGUACUACCACAAAAUUUAGUGGAUUGUUUAUUGGCCCCCAUGCCUUUUCUUAUUGGUGUCCCCGAAGAUGUUUUUAAGAAAGUAAUCAGGAGUGAGUUGGGGGAUGUUGUUGUACUAGAUGCCGAUGCCAAUACAGUAGAGACGCCGUUUGAUGACUUGAACAAUUUGCCUCAAGAUGUCAUAACAUCUUUGAGGAAACAAUUACGAAACAAAUCAGCAGUUUUAGGAGACGGAGUAUCAAGGGCUUUUCUUAGAGCCUUAGUACAACUUAUAGGAGGCUACAGGGAUGCCUUGAAAUUUCAGCCCGGCCAAAAAGUGACCUUUGACGAGGAAAGGUUUAUUGAUACGCGACCUGUUUCUUUGCAACCCUUUUUGAGAAAAAUGUUGCAGCUCCAAAUAUUUCAACAGUUUAUAGAAGAAAGACUGAUGAUGCUCAAUACGGGCAGGGGAUUUUCGGACGAAUUCGAAUUCGAAUUGGAAAAUUAUUCAGCAAAGUCGGGAUCGAAAUUAAAACAACAGUACAAAGAAUGGACUUCCACUAUGAGAAAAGAGGGUACGGCAUUUUUUAAGAGCGUCAAAGAUAAGGCCAAUCCUGCAAUGAAAUCGGCUGUCAAAACGGUUAAAGAUGGAGGCAAAGGUAUGAAGAGCGCCUACAAAGGGCUCCGAUCUAAACUUAAAGAUGGCCAAGGGGGACCCGGGCCUCAACCUCUACAAAACGGCGACGUCAAACCGAGAUCUGCUCCAAACUCGCCAACUGGCAAACGAAAAACGUUGGCUGGCCUUACAGCGCCAGUGGCCACCUACAGAAAGGAAGCCUCGUUAGCUUUUAAAAAUGCCAACUUACAAAGGUCGUAUAGUCCACUAAGUCCUGGCUCACAACCAAUAACGCCAGACGUCCUCGACACACCUAGGAGCGGAAGUCCUAUUGAUAUACCGAGGAUAGACCUUAUGAACGAAAUGAAAGACUUCUUGGAAUUAAAUUUAGACACGCCGCCUGUGGAUAGAUCGCUGAAACCAGUUCGCAGCCUGGAAAACUUCAAAAACACGACCAGCCCGCUUGGGAGUCCUGAGAGGCGGUCCCAGCCGCCGCCGCCCCGACCCUCCCUGCAUCCUCUACCCUCCCUCUCUUCCAGCCGCUUUUAUAGGGACACGCAGAACCUGCUACAGUCGCCUUUGGAGGGCCCCGUCCUGUCCCCUCCCUACGUACCGCCUAGGAAGCCGCACCAGCUGCUUCAGGAGGAGUUUUUCGGGUCGGCGACGAAACCGGUCGUGGUGGGCGGCGGGCACAGCGAAAACGGCGACCCCGUUUUUUACGUCACGAGUAAGAACGCGGUCGACGUGGUCAAGUUGACGCCGCCCGUGCAAUGUUCACCCAAUAGGCGAAAGCAGGCCGACGAUACCGAAGACCUUAUUCGCCUCGAUUCAGCAUCGGAUCUCGACGACUUCGACCCAUUAAAAACGUCUUCUUCCACGUCGUCUUACUCCACCCCAACUCACAGCCAAGCUCCGCCUCUUAGCGUGUCCAAUCCCCUCUACAAUUCGUCGUACGAGAACCACACGAUCAGGGCGAACGACGGCCUAACUCCUACCACGUUCGACAGACACGACCAAGAUUUACUGCAAGAAUACGGCCUAGAUUUUAAUUUUUCAGGAAUGCAAAGCAAUAAGCCGACCUCGUCGUUUGAUCCGUUCAGUCCUACCAAUAAAGUGAAAACGCAAGGACAGUGGACGAAGUUCGAGUAGUGAUCAGUUUUGUUUUAGAUUUUUAUUUCAUGACAAUAAUUUAGAUCGGUGGUUCUCAACUUUGUUACCGCUAUGCAGAAAAUAGGUAUUGGCUAUAUACAGGGUGGUCCGAACUGUAUUCAGGAAACUUCAGCAGCAUAUUCUGCAGAUAAAAAUAAG